AUGAAGUCUACCUCUUGCUUCCUUCUUAUUCUCAUCCUCCUCUAGCUGAUGAUCCCAGGGACUGCUCCGUGUUCCUUAGACUCCAUUGUGGAUAUAAAGAUAAAGGAAGCUCUCAAAAGCUUAGACUUAAAUCCUUUCCCAACAAAAAGGAUGUCAUGUGUCAGUAUCACAAACUCAGGCAGACUAUCCUCUUGCCCUGCAGAGAUGGUUGUCACUGGCUGUGCCUGAGGCUAUGGCUGUGGUUCCUGGGAUAUCCGGGGAGAAACCACAUGCCACUGCCAGCCCAGCACGGUAGACUGGGCCACUGCUCGCUGCUGCCACCUGACGUGA